GACAGCGGCUCGCAGCGACCUCUACGCACCCCGGCAGCAAGCACACACGCCUCGACCAGCCCGCCAGAGCCCUCCCGCUUCUCAUCAGCUCGUCUCGUCUCCCACCUCUCCCCUCUCCCCCACACCUCGAACCAGUACCGCCAUGGUCCUGUACUUGAUCGGUCUCGGCCUGCACGACGAGAAGGACGUCACGAUCCGCGGCCUCGAGGCCAUCAAGGGCAGCGAGCGCGUCUACCUCGAGGCGUACACCUCCAUCCUCGGCAUUGGCAAGGAGCGCCUGGAGUCUUUCUACGGCAAGGACAUCAUCGUCGCCGACCGCGACAUGGUCGAGACCGACUCGGACGCCAUCCUCAAGGACGCAGACAAGGUCGACGUCGCUUUCCUCGUCGUUGGCGAUCCCUUUGGCGCAACCACCCACGCCGACCUUCUCCUGCGUGCCGACGACCUCGAGGUCCCCUACGUCGUCAUCCACAACGCGUCCGUCAUGAACGCCGUCGGCGCGCUCGGCCUCGCCCUGUACAACUACGGCCAGACGGUCUCGAUCCCGUUCUUCACCGACUCGUGGCGGCCCGACAGCUGGCUCGAGCGCGUGCGCGAGAACGCUCGCCUCGGCCUGCACACGCUGUGCUUGCUCGACAUCAAGGUCAAGGAGCAGAGUGAGGAGAACCUCGCUCGCGGGCGCAAGAUCUACGAGCCGCCUCGGUACAUGUCGGUCCCGUGCGCCAUCUCGCAGCUCCUGUCGCUCCUCCCUCCCUCGCCCUCUGCCUCCUCCUCCUCCUCCGACGACGCCGCCCCCGCAUCCGGCGUCGCCCCGGCAGCCGACGCGCUCGACCCGUCGACGACGCUCGCCAUCAGCGCGUCGCGCGUCGGCCACCCGUCGCAGACGUUCGUCAGCGGCACCCUGUCGGAGCUCGCCGCGCUCGACGAGGACGCGUUCGGCGGCCCGCUGCACUCGUUCGUCAUCGUCGGGAGGACGUUCCACGCGCUCGAGCGCGACUUUGCGCGCAGGUGGGCCGUCGACCGGGACAACUGGGACCGCGUCAGCAAGGAGGUGUACGCUGUUCGCGACUGAGGAGGCGCGAGCUGGGGCUGCAACUCGCUCUCGUUUUCUGUCUC